AUGUAUCGGAGUCGUCAGGAGGGUCGAGCCGUCGUGAAGAAUGCCGAUAUGCCUGAGGAUAUGCAACAGGACGCCGUUGAGGUGGCCACAACAGCCAUGAAUCGCAACACCGUCGAGAAGGAGAUCGCUGCGGAGAUCAAAAAGGAGUUUGAUCGACGAUUUAAUCCAAAUUGGCACUGCAUAGUGGGCCGAAGUUUUGGCUGGUAUGCACCCUUACACUUCAAUAUAUUUAGUUGCCCUUACUUUAUACCGUCAGGAUAUCAUAAUGGAACCUCUAACUUUCGUAGAUUGAAAUGA